UCCGCAUACGCAUCUCGUUGGUGAUUUAGAAACAUGGCGGAAGGAAAUUCACCGGGUGACGCGAAAUUUGCUAAGCGCAUCGACCCGAAGAAAGAUAACUUGACUAAAGAACAGCUUGAGUUUAUGCGAAAAGUAGAGCUGGCUCAGUGGCAGAAAAACGUUCAGAAGCGGCGCGGAAGGAAUGCGAUCACGGGCUUAGCUAUUGGAGCCGUCGUCUUGGGCAUCUAUGGAUACACUUUUUAUUCAGUAUCUCAGGAACGGUUUUUGGAUGACUUGGAAGAAGAGGCAAAAGGCGUUCGAGCAAGAAAUGCUUCCAGGACUUCAGCAAACUGAAACAAUUAGUUUAUGGAAUGUGUGUACAGUUUUUCCUUUGGAUUUGUGAAAGAAACUGAGCAAAUAUACAUCUAGCAAGGAAUUUAAAAUAUUAAAUAUGCUGAUCAUGAUGCACAUUUUUCAAAAUGCAUUGUUUGGCUGUUUUGGGCCUUGAUCUGGGAAUAAUAUUUUGUCAGUGCAGCUGAAAGAUCCAUGUCUAUAAUAGUGUGGUAUAAAAGUGGAAUGUAAACAUUUGUGAUAUCAAUAAACUGGGAACAUUGAUUGUAAAUUACAGUUUGCCAAACUGUACCCAAGAUUUUAAAACUUCUUUGAAUGUUCUAUGUUCUUUGUAUUUUAAGGUCCCAUGAAUUAGAAUCAGAAUUAAAUUUAAUAUCACCAACAUAUGUCAUAAAUGUUAACUUCACAGCAGCAGUACAAUGAAAUACAUGAUAAGUAUAGAGAAAAAAAACUGAGUUACAUGAAGUGUAUACAUGUCUGAUAAAUAGUUAAGUUAAAAUAAGUAGUGCAAAAUAACAAAUAAAAAAAGUAGUGAGUGAGUUAGUGUCCGUGGAUUCAAUCUCCAUUUAAGAAACAAAUGGCAGAGGGGAAGUAGUUGUUUCCAUCUUGCCGAGUUUGUGCCUGUAGGCUUCUGUACCUCCUCAAUGGUAACAAUUCCUUAAUGUUUAAAAUAAAUCUUUACAUAAUAAAAUCAAUCUUCAUUGAAAUUGUCAAACCAAACUACUUAGGGAUAUAUUGCAAGCAGUCUGUGAUAAAUAUCUUUAAACUAUUGUACAGAUACUGAAAUUGAGGAAGAGGAAAAUUAGUAACGAUUAAUAAUCUUCAUUUUUAAUGAUUUAAGCAAAGUUUAAUCAUUGGAGUUUAAGUUUUUAGCUUUAGGUUAAAGGAAGCUAUAGUCAUAUUCAGAUCUUUCUCAUGAAAGCUCAUUGACCUUAAGUGAUCAGUUUGUUUCAGUUGCCACAAAUCGUUCCAUACCCAUUGCCUUUUUAAAAUAUAAAAAAACAAAAUGUAGACCUGAUAUCUGUUUCCAAUUUAUCAGAAGUGAAGAUAUUAAUAUAUUUGAGGUGGAAAUAAAAGUUUGAUCUCAUAUCAGAAAAGGAUGGAAGAGCAUGUUUUUCAACUUGAAACAAGUUAAAGAUUUCCCUCAAUGAUGCUAAGCAGGCUCAGGUGAAAGGCAUAAUUAAAAUAGCAUCAGGAGGAACUGCUCUAUGCAGUUUUAAUUAUUGCAUGUUAUGGCCUUUAAAACAAGGUAGCUGGAACACCUAUACCCACUUAAGAAGUGGCUGCUGAUUGGAUAUUUAUGUUUGUGGGUUACUGCUCUGAAAAAUACUAUUCUUUCAUUUGCAUAUUAUAAAAUAUGUAACACUUACAAUUUAAUAGUUAUAUUUGUUGCUAACAAUUGCCUGUGCCUUUUAAAUACAAACUUAUAAUUGGA